AUGUCCAAGUUCGCGGUCCGCGUGGACGCUGCAGUCUCGGCCCUGGGAAGCGGCGCCGGCGCCGGCUUGGACGAGAACGACUUCAUCGACGCUUCGAGACUGGUCUACGAUGGUGUGAGGGAGAUACGAAGAGCUGUGCUGAUGAAUAGGGAUGACGAGGACUUGGAUCCGGAAGACGUGGAGUUGGACGAGCAUUAUACAUUGGAGACGAGGAGCAAAUCAAGUGCCCACACUGGAGAACAUGGCGUCGAUGAAUAUCCUGAUAUUAGUGGCAUUACUAACGCCAGGGAAGCGAUGCGAAAGAUGACCGAGGAGGACAAACGCAAGAUCCUGCAGCAAGUGGAGCUCUUCCGCAGGGAGAAGAUGACUUUCGACAACGAGGUCGCCAAGUGGGACGACGCUGGGAACGACAUCAUUAUGCUGGCCAAGCACAUGUGCAUGAUCAUGUUGGAGAUGACGGACUUCACGAGAGGCCGUGGACCUUUGAAGACGACCAUGGACGUCAUCAACGCCGCCAAGAAGAUUUCGGAGGCUGGCACCAAGUUGGACAAGCUGACCCGUGAGAUUGCUGAGCAGUGCCCGGAGUCGUCUACGAAGCAGGACCUGCUUGCGUACUUGCAGCGCAUCGCUCUCUACUGCCACCAGAUCCAGAUCACCAGCAAGGUGAAGGCCGACGUGCAGAACAUCUCCGGCGAGCUCAUCGUCAGUGGGCUGGACAGCGCGACCUCUCUGAUUCAAGCGGCGAAGAACCUGAUGAACGCGGUCGUGCUGACGGUGAAGGCUUCCUACGUGGCCUCCACCAAGUACACGCGCCAAGGGACCAUCGCUUCGCCGAUCGUGGUGUGGCGCAUGAAGGCUCCGGAAAAGAAGCCGCUGAUCCGUCCGGAGAAGCCGGAGGAGGUGCGCGCCAAGGUGCGCCGCGGCAGCCAGAAGAAGCAGCCCAGCCCCGUGCACGCGCUCGCAGAGUUCCAGAGCCCCGCCGAGAGCGUCUAG